AGUGUUGUUCUGCGCAGUGCAAGUUAUUCUAUGGCGCAAUAAAAUCUUUGUAAGAAGCGACAUACAAUCUUUGUAAGAACCGCAUAACUUCAUUUUCGCGUUUCGAACCUGCUAGGUUGAUCGUCGCUCGAAGAUCGGACGUGCCCGUAUGUGGGCACUUAUGCGAGCGUUGCGCCGGACAGCCUCUCACCGAAGUUGUAUGCAUGCUGCGAUCUGCGAGUUAGCAACGCGAGUAUCUGGUGAAAGAGUCGGUUAGAACGUCGAGAAGGCGUAGUUCGGCGACGGAAAGAUGCCGGUCUGCGAAGCGUGGAACUGCGAUAACAACAGCGACGACUGUCCCCCCAGCACAACUUUCCACAAGUUUCCACUGGACUCUCCGCUGCUCCUGAAGGCGUGGGUGUACAAUGUGAACCUGCCGGAACCUUGGGAACCGACGGCAGACUCGGCGCUUUGCUCGGACCACUUCUUGGAGCAUUGCUUUGUGCGCACGGGCAACACUGUCAGUCUGCGACCUGAUGCCUUGCCAACUAUCUUCGCCUACCCGGACGACAGGCAGAAGGACGUUGUGGAGAUGGUGUUGAUGGACAGUUCAGGCGAACUGGCCAAGCCCCGCGAAAGCAGCGAAUUUCUGGAUCACUGCUAUGGCACCCCCCUGUCCACCGUACCGAAGACCACGGAGGCCACCACACCGCGUAGAGUGCGCCUUCCCGAGGAAGGAGAUACGCUUCGCAAGAAGCUCAAGCUGGCCAGGCAACGAGUACGCCGGCUGGAGGAGCGCGUGUCCAUGCUCAACGACAUGGUCUACUCCCUGCUCAACCAGACCAUCAUGGAGAUGUAGGCUGCACGGAAAUUGGGGUUCUGCUCGAGUCCUGCGCCGGAAGUUGCUGUACCACUGCUCCAGCGCCCGCAUGGGAAAGAAGCUCUCGCCCGGAUGCGUGGGCACCGCAACGGACCCACCGUACGAGGCCAGGUGGUUGAAUAGGCUCUCCGCCAUCUUGGUGCAGAAUUCGGUGUGCGAGUCGACGGCCGUCGCAUCCGCCGGAGAGGAUGCCUGGAACUGGAUCUGGGCCAACGGCUCGACCGAGAUACCCAGCUGGGCCACGCUGCUGAAACCGUGCGCCGAGAACGCGUGCAUCUCCGAACAUUCUGCAACGACAUGCAUUGUUCAACUCGGUGCUCGCUCGACAACAUGCGCAACAAGCAGGAAGGGAUGUGCCUCACUGUGACCCUUCCCGCCCCCCCCCGUCUUUGCAAACAUUUAAAUUUCGUUAGCUUGCACACAUCUUCUGGAUGCGACUUGUGCUGAUGGUCUCUCGACAUUGUGACGAGUCCUCCAUUGCUGCAUGUGCUAUAACUGCUGUGGGGUUACAGUGCCACUCGCAGAACGCCGACUGUCUUGGUCUGGGGUCGAGUGUUUCACCAUUACACCAGAAACUUUGUAUGUUCUGAAUGUGUAGACACAGCAGACACCGAUUAUGCUUCUGCACACAUGCUACGGAGGGUGCUAUUAAAUAUACAGUAAAGCUACUUCUGAAAGACUU